UUUUAUUCGAUUACUCACUUAAAUAUCGUGUGUGUUUCUUGUAAUACUUUCAAAAAGUAACUUAAUGAUAAUAUAAAUAUUAUAUUUUUAUAUUAUAGUUAUACAUGGAUACACGCAGUGCCGUACAUGUCAUACUUAUAUAUACAUUUCUGUGUUAUAUUCGAGGCGUGGUUUAUCAAUGACCCAUCGUUAUUGUGGGUGAACUCGUACAAUAUUAAAUUAUAGUUGAACAUGUUAUGCGGGUGAAACAUCCAAUGGGCAGCACCAUUUAAUGAGAACACAAUACUAUUGUGACAUUAGUUAUUUCACUUAGUUAUGGCAGAGUGUCCCUUAGCUCAAAUCAACGAAGAUGACGACGACUCGCAGGACCGUGUGAGGAUCGAUCUGCAAGGCUACCUAAACAAGUGGACUAAUUUCUUACACGGUUGGCAAAAACGAUAUUUCGUCCUUAGAAACGGUACUCUUCUUUAUUUCAAAUCUGCGUCGGAGACCGAGUGCGGCUGUCGUGGCGCCAUAAGUUUACUCAAGGCUACAGUUAAAGUGCACGAAGUGGACGAUUGUCGUUUUGACGUCUCUCUUAAUGACUGUGCGUGGUACUUGCGAGCUGAUUCACAGUCUACGAAAAACCAUUGGAUCGACGUUAUUGACUCAUUCAAAGCAGAGUCGGGUUACGGCAGUGAAAACAAUUUGAAACGUAAUGGCAGCUCUCUUUCAAUGUUAUCGAGUAACAUGUCCACUUUGUCACCAGUGUUCAAAAAGAAUAAAGGGUUACAAGAUAAACUCAACGAACUAGCAACGUUCAGAGGUAUUCUAGUCAAUCAGAUCGAUAGACUGCAGGUGUAUUUUGAUACUUGCUUAGCGGAAUUCGCAGCCUCUAACGAAGAUUUGACAAAGAAGGAAACGUAUCAAAAAUACACUUGUGAAGCUCUAGAUUUCAAGGGUGAAGCAGUAGCAUUUAAAGCUACAUCUUCUGGAAUCCUAGAGAUUCUUAAACAUUGUAUUGAAGUUAUGAACCAAAGAGAGGAAUCAUGGGAAUCCAUGUUGGAAAAGGAAGUGAACAAUCGAAAACAUUUAGAAGAAGUCGUCAGAACUUUAUCUCUAGUUGAUGGCCUUACCGAUCAAGAAAGAGCUCAAGUUCUUGCCGGAGCAGAACUGACAGAACAUUCUACAAUUACCGACGAUGAGUUCUAUGAUGCUGUCGAAUCGUCAAAUGAAAAUCCUAUUGAAGACGCCAAACAAAUAAAAGACCAACUAUUAACGCGAUCCAAGACCAACCCUAUGCAAAGCACACAAGUCAAUUGGGCCACUUACAUCAGGGCUGCGGCAACAGACGCAUCUCUGAAACAUCAGUAUUGGCCAGAUAUCGAACGGGUCGUUUCCGAACAAAUCCUGUCGGCGAGAAUGGGUCUUGGAAAAGGAGCUUGGCAGUUAUUCGUUGAAGACGGUGAAAUGCGUAUGUAUCGUAGAGAAGUGGAAGAAGACGGCAUGGUUGUAGAUCCUUUGAAAGCAACCCACCAAGUUAAAGGCAUCACAGGCCGAGAACUGUUGCAUUAUUUCUUUUAUCCUGAGUAUCGUUAUGACUGGGAAGGUACGUUGGAAACAAUGAAUGUAGUCGAUAAAAUUGCCGAGGACACGAUAGUAUUUCAUCAAAUACACAAACGUAUAUGGCCAACAGCGCAGCGCGAUGCAACGUUUUGGUCUCAUCUCACACAUGUUCCUGACGAAGAAAAUAAGUCUGACGAUAGCCCACAUAUUUGGGCAGUUGUAAAUAAUUCAGUAGAAUUAUCUUCAUAUCCAGCUAAUGAAGGAAAACUUGUGCGUAUUUAUCUUACUAUUAUCCUCAUGGGUCAAACAGUGAUUUCGCCUGCUGCCAAAGGACGAGAAUUGACUCGUGACGAUAUUACGUGUAAAAUUACCUAUUGUGCAGUUGUAAACCCUGGAGGAUGGGCGCCAUCAUCUGUACUACGAGCUGUAUACAAAAGAGAGUAUCCAAAAUUUUUGAAGCGUUUUACUGCUUAUGUUUUGGAAAAAACGAAAAAUUUGCCGAUAAAGCUUUAAAGAACUCAACAUAUCUGGAAAAUAAUUUAUUUUAAAUUUGUUUAUUGGAUUUUUUUUCUUAAUGCCUAUAGUUUAUGUACACUAUGUCUAUGUACACUUGAACUGUUUAAUUAUAUUCUUGCCUUUAUUAAAUAAUUAUUUGUUAUAAAUAUUUUAUACUAUUAAAAUUAACUAUUAGUAUAAAAAAAAUCAGUUACUUUGCCUAUAAUUGUUUAGCGGUAAAAUCGAUAAAUAUUAAGUUUUUUGUUAAGUGAUAUUGGCUCAAUUUUGAGCUUUAGUCUACUUAUGUGAGUACACCUAAGCUUUACUAUUUUCUAUAUAAUAUCUGGGUGUGUUCUGUUUGACAUUCCAUGUGACCAAUGUCAUGGUUACCGUGGAAACAAAACGUCCGAUGCAAGGAUAGUUUUAUCCAUUACAUUAGCUGAUGUAGGACUGAAUAAUUAUUAUUUAAAAUAUAUUUCGUUUUAUAUUUGUUACAUUUUAUAUACUAUUUGUGUAUUAUCGUCUAUGUAUUUAUGAAUAAAUAAAUCUAUUGUUUUGUUUAUAAUAAACAUAUUAUAAUGAUACACAUUCAA